GUAGAGGGAAAUUAAUCGCGCUUUCAGACAAUUUCCCCCAAAACAGACACUUAUUUUAGUAUGCGCAGUAUUUUUUUUUGAUUGUGUGCAGUAUGCUGGGAUUCAAGACGAUAAGAGUCGCCCUAGAGAGCAGUAAUCACCCUUGGCAGUUAGGCUGAGGAACUGGACCCAAUGACGCCAGUGACAGCAGCGCCUUGGCCUCGUGUUGCCGAGUCAUGACACCGCCACCACCACCACCACCACCAGCGGCAGGAGGAAGCAAGGACUGCAAAGCUACACUGGAGCCCUCUCAUCAGGACAUACUCAGGCGAGGGGGCAGAGUGUGUCUAAAUCAAGUACUGCCCGGAAGGUUCAAACCCACAGGACUCCACUUCAACAUUUCUCUCUUGGCGCUCUCAGCAACGGAUCUCACAGUCAGGAAAGCAGGCAAGAGUCACAGAGUCUUAGAUUCCAGAAGGCCCAUAGCUUAGCAUCUCAAAGAUCUCGUGGCCAAAGUACUCAACAGGUCCAAGGUCAAAGGUCACAAGGUUUCCAAGGAUCUCACAGUCUCAGCUCCCAACACUUUAAAGCGUCUCGCAACCAAGUCUCUCAAAGUCCCCGCAGCCAACAGUCUCAUAGUCCCCAGAGGUCCCAUAUCCAAGGUUCUCAUAGACAAGUUAGUCAAAGAGUCAACAGUAAUCAGUCAAAUGGCUUCCAGAAGUCUCGCAAUCAAGUAUCUCAAAUUCCCCACCAUCAACAGUUUCAGCAUCAAGAAUCUCACAGUCCCCAGAGGUCCCAUAUCCAAGGUUCUCAAGUGACUCACAGACAAGUUAAUCAAAGAGUUAAUCCUGGUCAGUCACCUACUUUUCAGAAGUCCGACACCGCAGUCUCCCACAGUUCUCAGAGAUCCCACAGCUCCCAAAGAAUCAACAGUCAAAUCUCCCUUGACUCUCAAAAAUCUCAGGGACAAAAUCUCCACACCAGCCAAACAUCUCGAACCCUAGGCACCCAGAGAACCCGCACCCAAGCCACACAGAAGCCUCAAAGCCAAACGUUCCGCAUGUCCCAAAAUCCCCUGAGAGAGGGCACACACAGACCACAGACCCAAAUCUCCCACAGCUUCCAAGGUUCUCGCAGUUCCCAGAUUCACCACAAACAGAAGGCCAAAAUUCCCCAAGCAUUCCAAAAUCACAGCUCUUCUCAUUCCCAUACAUCCCACAACCAAAGUAUCUUGAGGUCCAAUAGCCAAAAAUCCUCAAGGACUCGCAGUCAAAGCGCUUUCGACUCUCAUGAAUCUCAAAACAGAGAUUCUCUGAGGUCUCAGAAAUCCAGCACCUCACAGAGCGCUCACAUCCGAGGUAUUUCAGAUCCUCAUCUGUUGGAAAGGGUACAGGAGUUAGGUUUUAUCGGAUCAAUAAGGACACAGAGGCCAAGAGUCAGCACACAGACUCCAAGAAGAGGGAUCCAGAGAACUAGAAAUCAAGAACGUGGUGCCCUUACGGGCCAGAGUCUGAGAACUGACACUCAAAAGAUCCAGAGUCAGAAGACUGGCAUCCAGAAUCCAGAAAGUCAAGGGUCUGGCACCCAGAAGAUUCAUGCUCAGAGCUCUAGUGUACACCAAACCGAAAGUCAGGGAUCUAGCACUCAGAGGAAUGAAAAUCAGAGCCUUGGCAUCCAGCAAAUACAAAUCCAAAAUCCUGAAUUCAGCAAGAUUCAAAAGAAUGAGAAUGAAAGCCCUGUCACUAAAAACAUCCGAAGUCAAAACCUUUCUACUGACAGAAUCCAGAAUCAAGGACUCGAUGUAAAGACAACAAGACUUCAAAGUUUCAUUGCUCAAAUUACUCCAGGUACAAAAAAAGAUACUCAAAAGAUCCAAAAUCUAGAGUUCGAUAUUCAGAGGACUCAGAAUCAAAAGACUGACAUCUCGAGGGACCAGAACCGAGGAUUUGGUAUUCAGACAAAAGACAAUCAAGAAUUUGGUACACGGAGGGCCCAGAAACAGAACAUUGAUAUUCACACAACACAGCACCACGGUUUUGGAGGUCAGACGGUCGAAAAUCAAGGAUUCAGUACCAAAACACAUUCCAGUCGUACCGGUGACAUCCAGAAAAUCCAGUUCUUCAGUACUCAAAGUCGGGACAUCAGCACAGAACAAUUAGAGGAUCAGAGUUAUGGAGUACAAAGACUCCAAAUAAAAGACUCAUCUGAAAGUGAAGAAAGAAACUCAGAUAAUGAUUCAAGCUCUCAAUUCUCUUUGGAUGAUGAUUCUGACUCGCAACAAUCCCGGGAUGAAGAUGCAAGCACCGAGAAUUUCCAGGAUGACGGUGAGAGCACUGAAAAUUUCUUUGAGGAUGAUGGCAUAAUUCUGAACAUCCAUGGCUUUCAGGAUGAGAAAGAUAAAGAUUUGAGUGCCCAACAAAUCCAUGAUGACAAUAUCAGUAUCUUGAGAUCUCAGGAUGAAUUUGUAAAGGCUCAGAAGAUGUGGGAUGAAGGACAUGUUUUCCAAGAGUUCCUGAAUGAAGACGUUAUUAUUCAGCAACACCAAAAUAAAGGUCUCGGCACCCAGCAGCUUGACGAUGACAGUGACAACUUCCAGCAUUUCAGUGGUGAUAGCUUUAGUUCUCUACAGUUCGAUGAUGAAAAUGUGAGCUUCCAGCAUAAGGAUAUUAGUACUUCGCACUUUGAGGAUGACUUUCUGAUCACCCAACAGCUCCAGAAUUAGGAGUUUGGAGUUCGAG